CACUCACCCUUAGACAGACACCAUUCGUCAUAUACAUAUACACAUAUACAUAUACACAAAUACAUUUUGAAAAAAAACGGAAAAAUUCCUAUAAAAGGAUGUCAGACAAAAUGAGAAAUAAGAAUAAGGAGCCAAUUAUUUUAAUGACGGACCUACUUGCGGUUGUUAGCUCGCCAGUACCCACCAACACAUACAUUUAGAACGAAAGGAAUAUCAAGCAAUUAGCACUCCUCAUCACCCUAAUUAAGUCACCUUGCAAACAGACACAGGCAACUAAUGACAGGAAUAGCUGACAUAUCACCUGGUCAACUGUCAUCAGUCUCCAUCGCAUGUUUGACAGUCUUGCUGUCCGACAUAGCAGCCAUUCCGUUUCUUGUGUUAGGUGUCCCAAGCUCCAAUCAUCUGUCGAUGACCCUUGGGACGCGGUGUGACGAAGUGUGACGCGGAGUGACAUAACACUACUAUCAGGGCACUGUAUAGUGAUGCAGGUACCAAGCCGCUACAAUGACAAAACAAUUUUUUAAAUCGCCAUUUUUCUGGCUCGGUCUCAUUUUUAUAACUUCUAAUGUCUACGUCAGCUGUUCCAAGUUGGGCCCCAUGAAAUCUAAAAAGGAUUCCGACGUUCCGAAAACAAGUUCCCAAAUACGGCCAUCUGACGUGUUGAUAAAUCAAAAUUUAACUUCGCAAACCGGACAACGGUCAUCUGGUUUAGAAGGUUCGUCCAACGCGAGUCAGCUGACUCAAGCAAUCUCCGUGAACCCUGAAUCAAAAAGGCAGAAACCAGCUCAACGAGUAAACGAUGGAAGUUUAUCCACAGGAUCCCAGUCUAAUCAAUCAACGUUUGCAUCGAAUAUCCCCCAGUCUGGACCCAUCGUCAACCAAACCAACACGGGUUGCGACUUCCCAACCUUUGACCCUUUCAACAAAAUCCUGAAGAGAUUCAGCAAAAAAUUCCCAACCAUCGACUGCUCUAAUCAGACGCCACAUCUGGUCUACGCACAAGGCGACACGAUAACCGUCAACCACACCAAAAUCCGGAGCAUCCCAUACCUCAGAUCUACCUUCAAAUAUUGCCAGUAUCAGGCUAGGGUUCGGGACGUUUUCGACAAAGAAAUGCAAACCGUUUUCACCGGCCCUAUUUUUACAAACUCCAUCAACGUCACCCACAGCUAUGUCGUUGUUGAGUGUUACAAUAACACCGACGAUGUUAUAUCCAGAUCGUACUUGACAUUUAUCCGUAAAAAACCGAACCUCGAGUCUGAAUUAAAAGCCAAGUAUGAGGCACACGUUGAGCUCCACGCACCCAAAGAAACUUUGAGCGUCAUGAUGGUGGGGAUUGAUGCCAUAUCCAAAAACAAUUUCCAGCGUGCCAUGCCGAAGACGAGAAACUUUCUUCUAGAAACUAUGAAAGCUGUUGAGUUGUACAAACAUAAUAAAUUCGGCCACAACACGUUCCCUAACGUGGUUGGUCUACUUACCGGAAUGAAUGAAGAAUCGCUAGCUAAUCUUGGGUAUUCAGAUUUGAGGCCUCUUGAUAUAGUAAACGAUGCUUUUCUUUGGAGUGCUUACCGUAAAGCCGGUUACAGAACCGGAAUGUUUUUAGAUAGAGUAGAAGUAACCGGAUUUCACUAUUCAAAAUACGGUUGGGAAAAACCACCGGUUGAUUAUUACUUGCGGGAGGUAAUCCUAGACUCUGAGACCGACAGUUUGAUGAGAAACAACAGCAACUGUAUCGGUGACAUCCCAGAGAUUCGCCUUCUGACCGACUACUGGGUCCAGCUAGCGACUUUGUUCAACAACUCCAAAACAGAGCCGUACUUUCUGUACAGUUUGAGUACACGGUCCACGCAUGACUAUGAGAAUAAAGCAAGCGCAAUUGAUGAACAUUAUUUCCAAUUUUUACAAACUUUGGUGGACAAGAAAGUUCUAAACAACACGGUGCUUGUCUUCUUCAGUGACCACGGGCCGAAGCGUGGAAGUGUAAGGACGACUUACUAUGGCAUGCUAGAAAAUCGAAUGCCUUUAAUGUUCCUCGUGUUCCCACCCUGGUUCCAUACCAAAUACCCGCAGCUGAUGGAAGUUGUGAAAACCAACCAACAUCGUCUGACGACCCACACGGACGUCUACGAGACUUUGAUUGACCUGCUGUACUUUAAAGCAGAGGCCGGGAAAGGAAGUCUCACCCAGCCUAGGAUCAGCUUGUUCAAAGAGAUUCCAGAAGGACGCACGUGCCAGCACGCGCUGAUCCCCAUUGAUUACUGCGCCUGUAACAUUACUUCGGUGUUCAAGUUGAGUAGAAAUUUCGUACAUUUUCUAGGCCAGCGAGUGAUAGCGAAGAUUAACCGGUCCAUCAGCACUAUGACAAGGAACCCUUACGCCGAUCUGUACCUGGAUAAAGUCAUUGAGUUGAGAGAGAUACGACCUGACGCCCAGGGCAGGACGAGAUAUAACAUCAUCAUCUCAGCCGAUCCCAGCGGCGCCAUCUACCAGGCUGUAAUCACGUUGAUUGAAGAAAACGCUAUGGUCCGCAUUGGACUGCUUGCAAGACUAGACCACUUAGAAGUCUGAAAUAAGUGCUCAAACAACCAGAGGAGAAAAAUAAUUAUCAUUAAAAAAGUUUUAAAA